GGUUAACCGGUUAUGAUCUUCAUAAUGAUUUAAACAGCAAAACAAAAAGCCACAAGUCUUUAGACAUUCUUUACUGGCAUGUGAUGUAAUGUGCCAUAUACAUUUUAUUAUAGUAGCCCCAUCAAGCCCCACCCCAUUCCAAAAUAUAUAAAGGCAGAACUACAUAUGGGCAGCGAUUAGACAGAGAGAUUAUUUUCUGUCAAACAUGUACUUUGUUGCUGGAGGGUUUUGUGUCUGUCCGUUCUAUGUCUUCCUGUCUACUUACUGUAGUCUUCACAUUGAACAUUAAUGGAAACAGACAUCUGAUACAGUACAUUUCAGUGUGUAAGUGAUAGUUUCUUUUUUUAGGCAUUGGGUUCAGGGGAGAGGGGAAAGGAUGGUAGUCUCAGACACAUUCAUACAAGGACUUCUUGUUGAAAGAGGCGUCGGAUUCCCUAAAAAGAAUGGCUCGUGUUGAUCAUCAAUUAUGACAUUUCCCAGAAGCAUUCUGCCAAAACAUUUCCUGAUUCUGCUCUGUGUGAUUGUGCUGGGCAUUUGUUUGAUUCUAAUAAGACUGCUUAAGUGGCAUCCAAGUCAUCAUUACAUACCGUCAUCCGGUGUAAGUCCUAAAUAUGACCAUGUCAUUCCCACACCAAGCAAUAUAUCAGUCCAGAGUGGAAACAAUUCAUCGUGUGACUGUAAAGGCCAAACAGACCUUCAUCAGUUUCUACCAUCAGAUCAACUAAAUGACAUCAUUAAAAGAAGAGCAAAAGAGUACAAGGAACAUCAGCUCAGAAUAAAGACAAAUCCGGACAUUCUCAUUGCACCGGCCAACUCACCUCUCCAGUAUCUCAUCAGAGGUUUCAGUGUAGCUCCUCUACAAAAAAGUCUGAUACCAGGUCUUGCUCUUUAUACACAAAAGAGGGAAGUUUACAAGGUAUCUUUAAGUGUGGAGAAAGGGGUGCUGUCAGUGGAUGAGGAUGUAAAUAAAGAACAGGUGAAUGGACAGGGUGAGAGUAAAUUGACUAUCUCAUCCUCAAGUCUCAAAGAAGUCAAUGAUCUGCUGAGCAGAGUGACUUACACCAGCACCAUCUACCACAUCAGAACAUCAGACUUGGUUCAUUUUAGUUUUGAAGACAAUGAGGCCGUAUUUCCAGUCAUAAUCAGAAGACCUACAGUUCCUGUUCUGUUCAAUCCAGGAAAUGAUAUCAACUCUCAGGUUACUAUUACAACAAAGACAUUUCUGAGAUAUAACAAAUUAAAAGUCCUCAUCAAGAGCAUCCGCAAGGUUUACCCGAAAAUCAAGAUCAUCAUUGCUGACGAUAACCCAAAUCCAGAAAAUGUGUCUGGUGACAACAUAGAGCAAUACAUCAUGCCACCUGCACAGGGCUGGUUUGCAGGGAGGAAUUUGGCUGUAUCACAAGUCACCACCAAAUACUUCUUGUGGGUAGACGAUGACUUUGUAUUCUUGGAUGAGACUCGCAUUGAGAGAUUUGUGGAGAUUAUGGAAGCGAAUCCAGAAUUGGAUGUUGUUGGUGGAGCGGUCUCAGGUGAACAGUAUUAUUUCAGUCUUGAGUAUAUUGAAGAUGAUGAAGGUGGCUGUUUGAGACGUUUUCAAGGAAGGCAUCAUAAGCCACUUCCGGGAUUUGAAGGCUGUUUUUUUGUGGAUGUGAUAGUGAACUUCUUUUUGGCUCGGACUGAUGCAGUAAGAAGAGUUGGAUUUGAUCCCUUUCUGAAAAGAGUCGGGCACACCGAGUUCUUCAUCGAUGGUCUUGGAAAGCUGUUGGUGGUGUCCUGCAAAGAUCUCUCUAUUGGCCACCAGAUACAUGAGGCACAUGAAAAAUAUGAUGUUUAUAGGAAUGAAGGGGAAAGUGAGAAAGAGAAAAAAUAUGCCCAUCAUUUUUACAAGAAUUAUCUGAAAUGUAUAAAAUACUGAAGGGUUUUUGUCUCGCUAAUUAUGUUUUUAUUGUACUUUUUUAUUUAUUCAUAUGCUGAUACAGACCUUGCAUUCUCCUGUUAAAAGACAGAUUUGUAAUAUAUUAUUUUUAUACUGUAUAUACCGUUUUUAUAAAAAAAAAUCUAAUUUUUGCCACACAUUUAUUCAUUACUCCAGUAAAGCAAAGCAACAUCACUCUGAUCUGCUUAUGGUUUUGCAGUGUGGUUUACCAGUCAGUGUUUCUUUUUUUAUUUAUUAAUUAUUUUAAUUUACAUAAUGUUCCGUCUGACCCAAAAAAGGUAGAAAGGGCUAUAAAUCAACUCUAAAAAGAAUUUAUUUUGUUAAUGUUUUGUAAAUCAUAUGAAUGAUGUACAUAUCAUAAAUGCAUUGUGCAUGUAAUUAAAUACAUUUAUUUAUUUGCAUUUCACA